CCAGCCUGGGUGACAGAGCGAGAUUCUGUCUCAAAAAAGAGAGGAAGAAAAUGUUGAGUACUCAGAAGUUAAGGUGAAUUCAGUAUAGGCUGGGGGCACAGGAUAAGAGUAGUAGCUAAUAUAGUACUUACCUGGUGUUUUACUGUGUACUGGACACCAUUUGAAGCACCUUACACAUAUUAAGUUCGUUCAGUCCUCAUUAUUAUUAUUUUUAAAACUAGGAAACCAAGGCCCAAAGAAAUUAAGUAACUUGCUCAAAGUGUCACAACUAGUAAGAGGUGGAAGCUAGGAUCUGAACUCAAGCCAGCUGGCUCUAGACUGUGUUAUCACCCUCCACAACAGAACCUGGGCUACAGGUCCAGGAGAGGAGGGUGAGGAGGCAGCUGUGUGUGGGUGUGGCACCAUGAGGGGAAUGUGGGUUGUGAGUACCAUGUCCUGUUUACCAGUGGGAGAAGUCAGACCCCUGAGUCAGAACUUAUGCUGGGGAGCUUUGCUGGGACCAUCACGAUGUGUGGGUGUCCAGGCCUCCGGAAGGAAAGGAUUCCCAGCAUUCCUAAAGCCAUGGUCCUGGAAUCUAGGUCCCUCCUUAGGCUGAGAUAUCAGCUGAGAGUUAAGUAGUUUGGGGAGAAUGAAGUUUAGGAAGCCAGCCUUACAAACAACACAGAGAGGUCAUCUAUAAUGAGAAUUGAGGGCAAAAUCGAUUCAAAGGCCCAGGGACCACUAAAGGUUGGGCAGAAUGGGCAGUGUUUGGAAACUGUUUGGGUGGGACUGUGAAACUUACUGCGAGCAACUGAAUAGGCCGAGGGGGCUUUAGAGACUUGUGCCAAUGACUGAGGGCUCAGGCGCUGGGAGGGACCCGGGGAUUUGCACAUGGUAGAAUUAAGGAGCGCUGGCGUUGCGUUGGGGGAAGAAGGAAAGCCCUACCCCGCUCCCCCGGGAGUAGGGAGGAAUGGGUGCUUUGGCUCCUAGGGCUCCGGUCCUGGCACGGCCUGGGCCGCCUCCCCGACUCCAUCAUCGCUGUCAUUCCCGGCCUCAAGCCUCCACCGCCCCCACACGUGCCGCCACAGGGAGCGGCCCGAUCAAGGCGUGACGCUUCGAAGGGUGGGGCCUCACUUAUUCCCCUAUUUAAAGAGGAAAGAAGCCGCGGCGCCGGCCCCAGGACCCGACCCGGGCCCCAGAAGAGUCUGCUCGUUCUGUUCACGGAGCCGGCCGCGUUAGCGACGCCCUCGAGUCCGCGGCGGACACGAUGCAGCUCUUGGUGAGGGUGCCCUCUCUUCUGGAGCGGGGCGAGCUGGACUGCAACAUCUGCUACCGUCCUUUCAACCUCGGGGGCCGCGCGCCCCGCCGCCUGUCCGGAACGGCGCGCGCCCGCUGCGGCCACACGCUCUGCACCGCCUGCCUCCGCGAGCUGGCGGCGCGCGGGGACGGCGGCGGGGCGGCCGCGCGCGUGGUGCGCCUGCGCCGCGUGGUCACGUGCCCCUUCUGCCGCGCGCCCUCGCAGCUCCCGCGCGGCGGCGUCACGGAGAUGGCUCUUGACUCGGACUUGUGGUCGCGAUUGGAGGAAAAAGCGCGGGCCAAGUGCGAACGAGAUGAGGCUGGGAACCCGGCCAAGGAAAGAAGCGACGCUGACGGAGAGGCAGAGGAGGAAGGGGAGAGCGAGAAGGGGGCGGGGCCUAGGAGCGCUGGGUGGCGCGCGCUCCGGCGGCUCUGGGACAGGGUCCUGGCGCCUGCGCGGCGCUGGCGGCGUCCGCUGCCUAGCAACGUGCUCUACUGUCCGGAGAUCAAGGACAUUGCCCACCUGACCCGUUGCACGUUGUAACCGAGGAACUCGGAAGCUACAGCCGAAGGAAGGUGGGAGCUGCAGCCUCGCGGGGGCUGGUGUCAAGACUACUCUCUCUCAGAUCCCAGGAUUGGCAUGUGAUGAGAGAGAUGAGCCAAAGGCAGGAGGGAACGCCCUGGGAGGUGUUGAUGCUGAGUUGGGGAGGCUCCUAGACGAACUCGCCCCCAUCUACUGACUGUGCCAGUCUUACAUUUUCAGGAUGGAGUGGCCAAGGGAUGAUAUAAACAAAGCCUACGUUACCGUGGGAAGAAGACAGACUGUUUUCUUAGCUGGGACUUUGGCUUUUGUCCAGGGUGGCUCUGGUGUGUGGGAGCAACAGGUCCCAUUUUAGCAAUUCUUUGUCAAUGGUUUGAAUUUUUUUUUUUUUUUUUUUUUUUUAAGAUGGAACGGGAGAGAAGAGGCUAAUUUUCGCGUCAUGUUAAUCUCACUUCUCUGGCAUGUAAGGGUGCUGGUAUGCCUGCUGUCUCCCCACUCCCAGUUCUGUGUUCCAAAAAUUGAGAUGGCUCCCUGCCUGUGACUAUGAUUAGGAGCCUUGCUUCAUUUCAGAAUCUCCCUUCAACCUGCUAGGGCAGGUAUCAGAAAUUCCAAAGGGCAUUUAUGUGAGGCACCUAAUUAGAGCCUAUCAAAGUAGGAAGGGAGAGCCAUUUGAAAGGCAUCAUAUUUCAAACUUUUGCUAUUAUCUGUGUUAUCUUUACAGUCACAGGGGAACACACUGGCGCUACUGAAAAGACACUUAUACAAUUUUGUGUCUUUAAAAUUUGUGUCCCAUAAUGGAACAUCACCUAUUGUAUAUAUGCCAUGUAUUCUAUUUUAGAAUCCUGUAAGUAUCUUAUGACCACAUAGUCAUAGUCAAGGACUAGCAGUGUUGGUAUACUGUCAACAGAAGUGCACAGUCUCACUCCAGGAUCCCACUCCAGACUUCCUGAAUCAGACUUUGGCAAGGUUGUUUUUUUGUUUUUGUUUUGAGACAGAGUCUCACUCUGUCGCCCAGGCUGGCGUGCAGUGGCGUGAUCUCAGCUUACUGCAGCCUCCGCCUCCCAGGUUCAAGCGAUUCUCCUGCCUCACCUUCCGGAGUAGCUGGGACUACAGGCGCCUGCCACCACACCUGGCUAAUUUUUGUAUUUUUAGUAGAGAUGGGGUUUCGCCAUGUUGGUCAGGCUGGUCUCAAACUCCUGACCUCAGGUGAUACGCCCACCUGGGCCUCCCAAAGUGCUGGGAUUAUAGGAGUGAGCCACCGUGCCGGGCCAGACUCUGGCAUUUUAACAAUCCCAGGUGAUUUGUGUGCAUGUGAAAAUUUAAGUACCAUUGGUCUAGAUCCUACACUCUUUAGUUUUGAGAUGGAGUCUUGCUCUGUCACCCAGACUGGAGUGCAGUGGCGUGAUCUCGGCUCACUGCAAGCUCUGCCUCCUGGGUUCACGCCAUUCUCCUGCCUCAGCCUCCCAAGUAGCUGGGACUACAGGCACCCGCCACCACGCCUGGCUAAUUUUUUUGUAUUUUUAGUAGAGACAACGUUUCACCGUUUAGCCAGGAUGAUCUUGAUCUACUGACCUCGUGAUCCACCCACCUCGGCCUCCCAAAGUGCUGGGAUUACAGGCGUGAGCCACUGCGCCCGGCCCCAAAGUUCUAAAGUAACAUUCUAUAGCUAAAGAAAUCCUAACCUACUAUGUUACAUUUUUCUCUUAGUUAAAAAUGUGAACUUAUUAAGUAUUAACCUCAAUUUUUUAGAGGUCUCCAAUCUUUUUAAAAUAUAUUUUUGAUUGACAAAUCAUAAUUAUACACUUAUGGGGUAUAAACCUCAAUUUUUGUAACCCUAUUUUGGCAUUUUCCUGUCCUUACAUCUCAGCUUAAAUGCUCCCUCUUUUGGGAGGCCUUUUUCUGCCUUCAACGUAGUAGAGCCUUUUCCUCCACCCCUCUGUAACAUAAUGCCCUGUUUUAUUUUUACUGCUUUUAUUUUCAUGCUUUGUGGGUGUCCCCAAUGGAGUGUAAGCCCCAUGGGAGCAAGAGCUGACCUGUGACUGUUUUAUCUCCAGGGCCAACAGCAGUGUUACUGUAUAGUAUGUACUCAAUAAAUAUUUGUUGGCUUUAUCUCUUA